AUGGCUACAACAACUGACGAAAGCGACACCACGCCGCUUCCCACAGGAAAGUUCGCAUGUUGCCACGACAUCAUGCUGCUCCAACAGGUGUCCCUGUCGCGACCGUGGGAGGGUGAAUACGGGAAGGUGAUGACGAUCUGGGCCGAGGUUGCGACAGAGUUGAACCGCAUGCCUGGAUUUUCAAUGGUGAAGAAGCCGGGCGCGCUGAAGACCAGGUUCGAAUACCUGUUGGCAAAGCACGAGAAGGGGGAGAACAUCAAGUUGCGCGUGGACGAUUUUGCCGAGAACGAAGCCGUGCGCAAGGAUGCUGCGAAGCGGAAACUGGAAGGCGUCGAGAAUUCGGGAUUGAUCAUGCGCCAAUUGGCCAUGGCAGAGCUUGGAAUGUCUGCCGAGAAGACCGAGGACGCUGAGAUCACUCCGAUCAAGCGGCGCAAGAAGUCGAAGAAACCAGCUCCAACCCUCGAUAUAGCGAGCCUUAUGGGCAUCAUUCGUGAAGGCAUUGAGGACAAGGAGCGGCGUGAGGCGCAGCGUUUACAAUAUGAUCGUGAACAAGCUAAUCGCCAUGCUGAGCAGCUUGCUGCGCAACAACGUGUCUUGACCAACAAUUAG